GACAGGGAGGAGCUGCUAUUGUUUUUCUGUCACUCGCAAGACGGAAAUGCCAGAGGUAUUACCGAGAAAUUAUCAAUCUAUUUCAAACAAGGACAAGGGAGAGAUGACUGUGUUGGGGAGAAAAUUUUAUGUCCACUUGGCGGGAAUAACUAAUGGUGCUCAUCAAGCCUUUGUUGAAAAGUUUAAAGACGUUGGCAAAAUUGAGGUGCAGUGUCCUGAAGAAAGUGACUACCUUCUGGUUUUCUGUCCCAUCGCUUCACGAGUUGGAACAGACAUCAGCGAGGCCCUGGACAACAUGCCAGGUGAUAAACCAGCAAUUCUGGUGGUGAUGCAUCACACCUUCAGUCCUGACCAUGUUGUAGCUCCAAGCAUGAGACAGGUAAACAACCCGAACGUCCUCCUCACUGUGGACUGUCUGUUCUAUGAGCGCGACCUCCUGAAGUGUAACCGCAAUGACAUCGCGUGGCAUGCUGUCCAGAAGUUUCUGGGAAUUCCCCUUUCACAGGACUCUAUCUGGAACUACCUCGGAAGUUGUUGGAGGAAGUACUGGCAGCCUGCUGUUAUAGCAGGUGGUUGUAUAGUGGUGGUGACAAUUGUGGUUGCGACAUAUUUUGCAGCGAUAAAGAAGUAAGAUGUGUGAGGCCUGUUAAAAACAUGCAUUACAAAAACAAAAGGAAUCCACUGUAAUGGCAGUUUGCAGUAUCACAAUAAAUGAUUCUCAAAGGGACAACAUAAAUGUGCCAUGGAAUGCAUGUGCAAUCAUUUGUAAAAAUGUAAUAACAAAAUAAUGGUAUUAUUGUUAUUAUUGUAGUAUAGUUGAGAAGGCUGAUAUAGAAGUUUUUAAGCUGAAUCUUUAGAUCUCACACAUUUUGAACGAAUAACAGAUGUGCAAAUACAGGCAUUAAACAAGUAACUGGAUGUGAAAAAGAUGGAAAGAAAGAGGCAAAGUUAAAAAGUAACCUUGACAGUUGCAUUUUACUUAUUAUACAUACAAUUGUCAUAAGUUGAAAAGUCACUCAAGUCCAUCUUAAAACAGUAAUGACAAGCCCAACUGUACAUUGAAAAGGUUUUUGGUGGCUGGCACAAUAUCAUUUAUUGAGAUUGAGAUGAUUGUAAAGCAGGGGUUACUACCAACGUUACUUCACAACUCCAUUUAUUGUGCUUUUGAGAUCCAUGUUUUGUGGCAUGUACAUGUUUAAAUGUGUGUGUAGUAGAGUAGUAUGUGGUCAAAUCAUAUGUUUUGAACGAUGACAUUUGAAUGAUGAUGACAUAACAUCAUUGCACAAUGAUUGCUGUUUUGUGCUCAUUAAAUAUCAGGAUUAUCUGUUUUUCUAUCAUAAAGAAUGAAUAAAAAUGAAUCAGCCAAA